UGAGACCCAGGGAUUUUUGUUGUUUUUUCUAAUUAACUCCUAAGUGACUAAUACUAGGCCAUUAACUACAACUCAGUUGAGUCCUGAGCGUAAACUGAUGUAUACUUAAACAAAUUCCUGAGUGCCUAGUAUUAGUCACUUAACUUCAAAAUUCUCUCCAUGGCUUGCUGGUUAUCAGACUGCCCCAUAGGGGGUAGCACUGUACAGGUUAGAAUGUUCCUUGUUGAUGUAGUUCCUCAACUCACCGCUAGGGUGCGUCAGUGUGACACAGCAUUGAAACAAACAAGAUGGCAACACCACCCAGAAAAUCAUCCUCUACAAAUCAACGAUUGACACCAAGAAAAAUCAAUGCUUGUCUGUUUGGGACUGAUGAUUCUGAGAUCGAGGAUUUCAAUGAUGAAGAAAAUGAAGAUAAUGUCCUCAGUGCCAGCACAAGAGAGCAAUCUUUAUUUCAAGCGAAUUGGAGUGACAAUACUGACAGCGACCCUGACUAUCAUCCCUCAACUAGUGACAGCGAUAACGAACCCACAACAUCAACAGCAGUAAAGAAAAAUCAACUAGCCAAAAGGAAGAAAAAUACUAAACUGCAACCACCAAUCAAGAGAACAAAGAACAUACCUACUGCCGAACCAUGGAGAAAAGGCAUUUUUUCUCCUGAUCCUGUGACUCUUCACGAACCUUCGUAUAUACCACUGGACUGUACGAAUUGGAGUAAUGAGAAGUUUGUUAAACUAUAUUAUGAUGAUGAUAUUCUUUUACAAUUUGUGGAGAAAAGCAACCAGACUUAUGUACUUAAGACAGCCCUAGGAAAUGCAUGGCUUCAGAUGAGGGAGAUUAAGAAAUCGUCAGGAGUAUCUCCCAAGGACAUUGUUCAAUUCAGGCAUUUCAAGUUGGAAUUAGGUAAAUCCAUGAUUGAGAAGAAUAGUGUUCGUCUGGAUGUUGAUGAAAAUGGGGAUGAAGAUCAAGGACACCAAGAAGAAGGAUUUUUGGAUCGUAGGAAGAGUGCGGGCCCAUGUUUAGAGAAAAGACUGCAAGGCGCCACCCACUUACCGGAGGUGACAAAGAAAAUCCAAAAGAG